CUCACUAGCCGCUGCCUGAGGAGGAAGACGGGUCGCUGCUGGUAGCACGAGACAUAGUAUUAUAUCAGGGUUAACGUGCUGCCAGCUUCACCCAGCACGUUUUAAAAGAAACCAAGAAACGAACAAUAUAAAUAAGCAUAUUUGGAUUCAUUCAUUUUGAAGCAAUCAGGCGACCGAGGCCUUUGUCCCUCGUGGAAAGUUGUACCAAGCAUAGAAUGCCAAGAAAGUGUAUUAUCACAGAAAAUAAGACGACGGCAGAAUGUGAAACCAGCAAAGAGAGUGCAUCACGGUCAAGGAAAAGAAAAGCUGAUGUUGCUAUUUAUUUGCAAGAUCCUGAUGAAGAAGUGGCAGAGAUGACAAAGAAAAAACAGUAUGAAAUUCUGAACUGUUGGAAUUCUUCACUUGGUUGUACAAGUCCUUGUAGGUUGAUUCCCACGCCAGACAAAGAGUUGCAUGAACCUGUUUCCGUGAAUAAAGAACAUUUUGUGCAAUAUACAUUUAAAAAUAUUUUUGUCACUCCAACAAGGUCUUCUCCACUCCCAGUUUUAGGCUGGGCUGACAAAGAUGAUGUAUGGAAUAACCUAAUGAAAAAGGAGAAGACUUAUUUACGAGACAGGCAUUUCCUUGAAAGACACCCACUUCUUCAACCAAAAAUGAGGGCUAUUCUGCUGGACUGGUUAAUGGAAGUUUGUGAGGUCUACCGGCUACACAGAGAAACAUUCUACUUGGCGCAAGACUACUUUGACCGGUUUAUGGCAACACAGAAGAAUGUGGUUAAGACACGAUUACAACUUAUUGGAAUCACGGCUUUGUUUGUUGCUUCUAAGUUAGAGGAAAUCUAUCCUCCAAAACUAAACCAAUUUGCAUAUGUUACUGAUGGUGCUUGUACAGAAGAUGAAAUUCUUGAGAUGGAACUUAUCAUGAUGAAAGAGCUUAAAUGGAGUUUAAAUCCAUUGACUGUAAUGUCUUGGUUAAAUAUUUACAUGCAAGUGGCAUAUUUAAAGGAUGAAACUCCAAGUGAUGAAGUGUUAAUUCCUCAGUUCCCCCAAACAACAUUUGUACAGAUAUCCAAACUCAUUGAUCUCUGCAUACUGGAUGUUGGAUGUCUGGAUUUUUCUUAUGGUGUUCUUGCAGCCUCAGCCUUGUUUCAUUUUUCCUCUCUGGAACUUGUACAGAAGGUUUCGGGUCUUAGUUGGAAAGAAGUUGAAGAUUCAGUAAAGUGGAUGGUUCCUUUUGCAAUGUCGGUUAAGGAAAUGGGCAACACUAAGCUGAAAUGUUUUAAAGGGAUUCCUAUGGAAGACUCUCAUAACAUACAGACACAUUCAACACUCCUAGGUUGGCUGGAUAAGGUUUAUGAAUAUCGGGAAUCUCAUUUGGAUGACAACAGAAUUUCACCAGUUCCAUCUGGUGUCCUUACACCUCCUCAGAGCAGCGAAAAGUCAGAACUGCUCAAAUCCUGAAGUAACAUGGAUGGAGGUGUGGUUUUAGAACAAAACAUUCAUUUUUCUGUUUUCCUAAGUGCCGAUGAGGAUUAAAAUCCUACAGACUACAUAAGCUUUACAAAAGGAAUAAUGAAAAUGCAACAGGACAUCAUAAGGUGAAUUAAUGGAGACAUUUUAUCUUGGAUGUUCAGUCAAUUUAUAAUCCUGUGCAACCAAGUACAACACCGACCACAUAUUUAGAGAAUGAACUGUCCACCUCUGAAUGCUGCUAAAGUGGCGGUACCUGAUGUAAUAAAUUUGAGUGCUGGGCUUAAGUAACUGAAAAUGUAAGGGUUUUACUUUCAUCUUCCCCUUUUUUUUUCUUUGGGAGCUUUCAUGCAUUUGUAUUAAAUGUGCAUGCAGAAGACACCUGAAAAAUGACAGAAAUUUAAAUCGUGUUCACUUUGUUCAGAGUGCCCGUUUACCAAAUUGUACCUUUUUAAAUCAUGCUGCUAUCUUGCUGUAUUGUAUUUUUAAAUAAAGAUACUGUCUAAAAGACAGUUUGUUUUAUAUU